CCUCCCAAAGUGGUGGGAUUACAGGCGCAAGCCACUGUGCCCAGCAUCACAGAGCCUUUUAAAGCUGUCAAGUUGAAGCGUGAUAGAACAGGAGUAAGCAGGUUUCAUCUCCUGGGCUAGAGCCGAACAACACAAAGGCUGAUGCUUCCUCUUUUGAGGUGUAGAUCCUUGAAAAACAUAAUUUCCUUUGCAUACCAUGUUAUGAAUCCUGAAAUAAUGUUUUUGCAGCCGGCAUAUUUUUAAAAGUCAGGUUUAUUGGUGUAUAAUUUACAUAUAAUAAGAUUCACCUUUGGUACACAGUUCUGAGUUUUCACUAGUAUAUACAGUCUUAUAACUAUUACAGAUGAGAUGUACAGCAUUUUCCUCACCCUAAAAAGUUCCUGAUGCUCUGUUGUGGUGCAUUCCUACUCCCUCAUCCCAGCUCCUGACUACCAUUGAUCUGAUUUUUUUCCCCUUAAGAUUCUCCUUUUACCAGAACAGCACCUUUUGUGUCUGGCUUCCUCCCAUGAUACUUUUGAAAUUCACCCAUGUUGUGCUGCAGGAUUUAAAGAACUAUUGUGUGGCCUGGUGCAGUGGCUCAUGCCUGUAAUACUAAUACUUUGGGAGGUGGAAGUGGGUGGAUCACUUGAGUUCAGGAGUUCAAAACCAGCCUGGCCAACAUGGUGAAACCCCUUCUUUACUAAAAAUAUAAAAUAAUUAGUAGGGCAUGGUGGCAGGUGCCUGUAAUCCCUGCUAUGAGGGAGCUGAGGCCAGAGAAUCGCUUGAACCCAGAAGGCAGAGGUUGCAGUGAGCCAAGAUCGUGACACUGCACUCCAGCCUGGGUGACCCACUGAGACUGUGUCUCAAAAACAAAAAUAACAACUGAAAAUUUUCAAACAUACAAAACCCAAAUAGAAUAAAUCUCCAUGUGCCUGGCACCAAAUUUCAACAACUAUCAACUCAUGGCCAAUCUUACUGUAUCUAUAUCCCACCUCAAUUAUGUGGUAGCAAAUCUCAGAUAUUUCAUCUAUAAGCAUUUUGGUGUGUUUCUCUCAAAAUUAACUUUAUUGUUGUUCUUAAUGAUUGAUAACACCAUUAUCCCAUCUAAAAUUUUUAUUUUCCGGAAAGGCUUUUUGGAGCCUGGGCCCCCUGGUGGCUCACACCUGUAAUCCCAACACUUUGGGAGGCUAAGGCGGAAGGAUCGCUUGAGCCCAGGAGUUCAAGACCAGUUUGGGCAAUAUAGCAAGACAUAGUCUCAAGAAAAAAGAAAAAAGCUUUUUGGCAAAACUACUACCUAGUAGAUGGUGUUCUAUCGCAGCGCACUAUGGGGCACAUAAUGCCUGGGACUCCCGGAUUCCGAGCGAGCCUCUGACGCCAGCAGGCACCUCUGUGGCUCUGGGACCUGAGUGCAUUCGCCUUAAGGCUACGCCUCCGCAUCGGAUCCCAAUAAGGGGGCGGGGCUACCUCAGCGUAACUGUUACGCGUGCGCAGAGAGAUGCGCCCGCUCGGCUUCCGUGGUUCGUGUUUCCUCCUGGUCGCCCGGUGGCUAUGGCGGCCGUUCCGAAGCCGGUGCUGCUGGGCCUUCGAGAUGCGCCGGUGCACGGCAGCCCCACAGGGCCGGGAGCCUGGACUGCUAGCAAGCUGGGCGGCAUUCCGGAUGCUCUGCCCACCGUGGCUGCGCCCAGGCCCGUGUGUCAGCGCUGUGGGCAGCGGCUCGCCCUGGUCGUGCAGGUGUACUGCCCGCUGGAAGGCUCCCCGUUUCACCGGCUGCUGCACGUGUUUGCGUGCGCCUGCCCCAGCUGCAGCACCGGCGGUGCGCGCAGCUGGAAGGUGUUCCGUUCCCAGUGCCUGCAGGUGCCAGAGAGAGAGGCUCAAGACGCUCAGAAACAGGAAAACAGCCUUGCAGCUGAGGACUGGUGUGAAGGUGCAGAUGACUGGGGAAGUGACACUGAGGAGCUGCCUUCGCCGCAGCUUACCUUGGAUUUUGAGAACAAUGCCAGCAGUGCCAAAGACAUAGACUGGACUGCUCGGCUGCAACACCUCCAUCUGCAGGAUGCUCUCCUGGGUGCUGCCCCUCCUGGGCCUCCCGGGGAGCAGAUGGCCUUGCCUCCUGGGAUGCCACCAUUCCUGCCCUACUAUAUCUGUGUUGCAGACGAGGAUGAUUACAGGGACUUUGUCAACCUGGAUCAUGCCCACAGCCUUCUGAGGGACUAUCAGCAGAGAGAAGGAAUUGCCAUGGAUCAGUUGCUUUCUCAAAGCUUUUCUAAUGAUGGUGAUGAAAAAUAUGAGAAGACUAUAAUUAAAAGUGGAGAUCAGACGUUUUACAAAUUCAUGAAGCGAAUUGCUGCUUGUCAGGAGCAGAUUUUGAGGUAUUCAUGGAGUGGAGAGCCACUGUUUUUGACCUGCCCUACAUCAGAAGUCACCGAGCUCCCCACCUGCAGCCAGUGUGGAGGCCAAAGGAUAUUUGAGCUUCAGCUUAUGCCAGCGCUGGUCAGCAUGCUCAAGAGUGCUAAUUUAGGUCUUUCUGUGGAAUUUGGAACAAUUCUAGUUUAUACAUGUGAGAAGAGUUGCUGGCCCCAAAAUCAUCAGACCCCCAUUGAAGAAUUCUGUAUUAUACAAGAAGACCCAGAUGAAUUAUUGUUUAAGUAGAGCAUUUCCUUUCAUUAAUGUAAAUUAAAACAAAUUUUCAUGUCCAAA